AUGGUAGGUGCCAAAGUGUUCGAGAAACACAUAAUUAAUUGUAGAAAAUUAGACGGCAGUAGAAGCAGCUCACGGGUGGCUGCCAAAAAAAUUGCUGAACAAGAGCUUAUUUCUGAGAGUUCCUUCAAUGACGAUGACUUCGUUAGUCCGAUGCCAAUACCUACUUCUUCUGGAGAUGAUGAGGACUGGAAUGCUCCGAGGAAGAGGCGGAGAAUUAGAAAACGGAAAUUGUGA